AUGUGUGUUCGGACAAGAUGCUGGAGCUCAUACUUAGCUAUUCACUUGUCUUGCUUCCUAUUCGACUCUGGAGAAUCCAAACUUGUUCAGGAUCACAGAAUUGCAGCUAAGAAAUGGGUGAUGGAAAUCGGAGAUUCUGUAAUGAUAGAUGAGAAACAUCUAAACAAGGAAGUCUCCAUGUCAACUUGUUGCCUUGUUGGAAGGGAUCAACUUGGAAGAAGGAUUGAGAAGGAGGCUGCCUUGCCUUCAUUGAAUUUGCCUCCUUCCUUCCUCCAUUACUGCGACUCUAAAUCUCAACAAGAACAAUCCAACCCAAGCUUUAAGAUUACUUCCUGCCAACCUUGCAACUUCUUCAGAAACACAUCUCAAUCUCUCCGCUUCUCUUCGAAACCAAAAGUAAUUCAGCACAAAUGCAUGGCCGUAUUGAAGAACAAGCAAUGGAGGGUUGUAUCUAAGUACCACCAAUCUGCUGGACCUGUCUGCUUAUUGGGUGGCAAGGGAAAGAAUGAAAGUGGUGGUGGUGAUGAGGGUUCCCCCUGGAAGGCUCUUGAGAAAGCGAUGGGUAAUUUGAAGAAGGAAGGUUCAAUAGAGGAUGUAUUACGUCAGCAGAUUGAAAAGAAGGAAUUCUAUGAAGAGAGAGGCGCCGGCGGUGGUGGGGGCGGCGGCGGCAGUGGCGGGAGCGGCGGCAGCAGUGGUGAUGGUGUAGGUGGCUCUGGUGGAUCUGAGGAUGAAGGCCUUGCUGGAAUCUUGGAUGAAACAUUGCAAGUAAUUCUAGCAACCGUUGGAUUUAUCUUUCUGUAUUUUUACAUCAUCAGUGGUGAGGAGUGGACUCGGCUAGCAAAGGACUACCUCAAGUUUGUGUUUUCAGGGUCCAGGAGUAUUCGUUUGAAUCGUGCCAUGUACAAAUGGGGAAGGUUCUACAAGCGGCUGACUGAGAAGAAGGAGUAUGAUAAGUUCUGGUUGGAAAAAGCCAUAAUCACUACCCCAACUUGGUGGGAUAGCCCUGAAAAGUACCGCCAUAUUGUUAGAUCUAAUUUAGCAUCAGAUUCAGAUGAAUAG